GUUAAGACAAAUCAAACAAGAUCACACAUGACUAUAUUUAGGCUUACACAUUGAGAGAAUUUGAUGAGUCAAAACGAGUGGUCUGCAACUAUAAGUUGUUAACAAUUGAUUGGGUGAUGAUGUUGACAAUGAAAGUUUAUAUAGUAGAAAGAUAGUAAUUUUUAUAAACAAAAAAAGGUCUUUGGUGGUUUUUUUGUUGUUGGUAGUUUGCUAUCAUCAUUCAAUUCUUGUUCUAUUCUGGGUUCUUGAUUUCUUGUUUGGCUUUUCUUGUUUUUGAUGGGUUCUGAAGUGGGUGAGCAAGGAUCACUAGUUUCUUUGUUUAAUAGACACAAAGAUGGAGUCUUUAUACUCUUGAAAGACAAAAGUAGCUUCGAUCAGUCCCCACGCCCUGUUCAAAACGCCGAAAGUUUUUCGGACGACUUCUCAUGAACUUGUUUAGUCUUGUUUUUUCAAUUCUCUGCAAAAUUAUUGCUGUCGAUAAAGGAUUCAAAGAAAUUGUUGUACUUGGUUGACUGAUUUACACCAGCCAUGAAGAGGUCACUUGAUAGCUCCGAUUCAUUGGGUGUUUUGAUGUCCAUCUGUCCAACCACUCCAGGUGACCCAAAUCAAGGGAGCGGCCAUGUCUACUCGAGAGAGUUCCAGACGAUGCUGGAGGGUCUUGAUGAAGAAGGGUGCAUAGACGAAUCAGGGCAUCUGAUGACGGAGAAGAAGAGGCGUCUGAGUGUGGAACAGGUCAAGGCUCUCGAGAAGAACUUUGAGGUGGAGAACAAGCUCGAACCCGAACGGAAAGUGAAGCUGGCUCAAGAGCUGGGCUUGCAGCCGAGGCAGGUGGCGGUUUGGUUCCAGAACCGCCGCGCCCGGUGGAAGACAAAGCAGCUUGAGAGAGACUAUGGUGUUCUCAAAGCCAACUAUGAUUCUCUUAAGCAAAAGUAUGAAACCCUCCACCAUGACAAUGAAGCCCUCCUCAAAGAAAUCCGGGAACUGAAAGCCAAGCUGGUUGGAGAAAGUGGGGGGAACGUGGUUAUGGUGAAGGAAGAGGCGGUGGAAUCAGAGAGCGAAGAACUGGAAAGGAAGAACGCAGAACAGAGGGACCAAGAAACAGAGUUCAAUAACCUUCAAGACUGCUCCAAUGGAGGGCUGAUUUCAUUCGCGGAUCUCAAAGACGGGUCAUCAGACAGCAGCGAUUCGAGCGCGAUCCUCAACGAGGAAAACAGCCCAAACGCGGCUGCGGCCAUUUCUUGCUCAGGGGCCUUCUUGAUGAUGCCUAAUGGCUGCGGGUCUCCUUCCUCUCUGUCUCGCUUCAACCAGAACCCGGUGGUGGUCAGGGAUGAGGUGUGCAGGAAGGCGUAUCAGCCGCCCCCGGCUCAGGUGGUGAAGAUAGAGGAGUAUAACUUCUUUGGCGGCGGCAGUGGCGGCGAGGAAGCGUGCAGUAGUUUGUUCUCAGACGAGCAAGCCCCGAUACUCCAUUGGUACUCCCCGGAGGACUGGAAUUGAACUGGAACAAGUGUUCAUCAUGAAUCGAAGAACAAAUAAAUAGAAAAAAAAAGUUUUUUUUUUUUUUGAAUUUGAUUUAUUUCUUUAGAAGUCCUUAGUAAAUACUACAUCCGUCCCAGAGUAUUUGUCCACUUUCAUUUUUACACACCAUCCAAUACACUUCUUUAAUCCAUUUUAUCUUGUAAUUUGUAUAUUAAAAAAUUAUAGAAAUUAUAUAUUAAUAAUCUAUAUGUUAAGACAAAUCAAACAAGAUCACACAUGACUAUAUUUAGGCUUACACAUUGAGAGAAUUUGAUGAGUCAAAGUGCUUUGAUGAACAGUUCCAAAAGUCAAAACUGGNUUCUUUAGAAGUCCUUAGUAAAUACUACAUCCGUCCCAGAGUAUUUGUCCACUUUCAUUUUUACACACCAUCCAAUACACUUCUUUAAUCCAUUUUAUCUUGUAAUUUGUAUAUUAAAAAAUUAUAGAAAUUAUAUAUUAAUAAUCUAUAUGUUAAGACAAAUCAAACAAGAUCACACAUGACUAUAUUUAGGCUUACACAUUG